AUGCCUGACAUCCUAGCAAAGUGUGAUGGAGCGGUCCCAAUCUGCGGCCAAUGCGCCGAGUUGAGUAUCGAAUGCACGUACACGCAUCUUCCAAAGAGUUGUCAGUCGUACGCCCAAUCAGCGCUUGAAGACCGCUUUAAAUCGAUUGAGGAUGCGCUUCGGCAACUCGCCAAUCGAAGCAUCGUGGCAAGCUCGAUCAAUGCAACUUGCACGCUGCUGAGUCCGUCAGAAUCAUCCAGAGACACUAACCUGAUCGGAGGCGUCCUGCCAAGUGGGCCAACUGACGCUGAUGUCGACCAUGUCGACGGCAUGGCGCUCAUCGAUAGCGCUGACCAGCCUCAUGCCAGAUACUUUGGUUCGUCGUCAAAUGUCGCCUUUCUACGGGAGGUUUCUCGAGCAACGACCACAAUGGUCACCAGAAUUUCUCCUACCCGGUUGCGGGCUCUUCCAUCGUCUACCAGGCCAUUAGUAUCACGCGCGCCAUCGCCGACGGCAGACCAGACUCGGGAUGGAAUCCGCCCAAAGGAUGUCAUCGUGGCGCAGCUCCCGAGCGAGGAUCGCGUGCUCCAUUGGCUGGAGCUCUAUUUCUCGGACACCGGAAUUCUAUAUCCCUUUAUCAGCGAGCAGCGCGUCAGGUCUGGGUACAAUUCUCUCAAAGAACAAAACUUCGGUAGUAUCACGCGACCAUUUCUGGGGCUGCUCAGCGCCAUUUUCGCAGUUUCAAUACUCGUCAAGGCCGAUCCUAGUUGCACCAUCUCGCAGAACACGGCUGAAGCGGAUGUUUACUUCCACCGGAGCUUGAGUUUAGCUUCAGAAUCUGCCCUCCAUUCGACGGACAUCGAGACAGUGCAAUGCUUGCUGCUACUGUCCCAGUAUUGCCAAGGCACUCAAAGACCUGACGAAGGCUGGGCGUUGCAUGGCCUCGCAGUUCGAACGGCGAUGCGGCUUGGGCUCCACUCCUCCUCGCACAUUCAAGACACGGAUCAAUUGGCACAAGAGAUUCGCAAACGAGUUUGGUUUAAUUGCUUUCUUCUGGAUAGGACUCUCAGUAUGACCCUCGGCCGAGUACAAACAGUGCAUGACGAUUAUAUUGCGGGCGACUUACCCCUCGACGUGCCUCUCGAUAGGCUUGAUGGUCCUCCCAUGAUGUCAGCACCUCGAUCGAUCCGUGAUGCCUCGCACAGUGCUUCUUUCUUCAUUGAGACGAUUAAAUUGUACACUAUCCUCGGUUCAGUCAUCAACAAGCUCUACAGUGGCAACAUCCACAACGAGCCUCCAACAGAGCUAGUAUCUUUACUUCCAGAAAUAGUAUUACUCGAUUCGAGGCUGGAACAGUGGAGGAUGAACCUCCCAAUCACUCUUCGCCUUGACCCAACUGUUUCUCUGUCUCCACGCGCGAGGCCAUCGCAUUCAAAUGAUGCACUUCCGGGACGACUCAACGUUAUGAUCCACCUCCGCUAUCUGAAUCUCAAGAUCCUACUUCACCGACCAGUCCUCAGAGUAGCCUUGCACAAACUGUCUGCUGCCACCUCCGAUGCAGGCGAUUCUAAAGCUUUCAGUGAACAAUUGUGCAAGCCCAGUAUCAAAAUUCUGGCCGAGACUGCAAUAGAGCUAGUUGACACGGUCGAUCAAGCAAGCGGCCCAGUGAACUUGCUGGGAGCGUGGUGGUUCGCCUUGUAUUACACAUUCAAUGCGUCAUUGGCCAUCUUUGCUUGCUUUCUCCUCGAACUGUCGCGCCAUGGAGGACAGUACAAAAGAGCAGAACUUGACUUUAUCAGUGAGCUGGCCACAAAACUUCGUCUGGCCAUCAAUGUUACGGAACGCGUGGGCAAUGACGCCCUUCAAGCAAAGAGAAUUGCAAAGGUACUUACCAAACUUGUCGCCAUCACAACCGUCAUGUUCGGACCAUCUGGACAUCUAACGCAGGCCGAAGAUGGUCCGAUGCGGGACAACGAAGAACCGCGACAACAACUGCCACCUGAUCCUCUAGCCGAUUCAUUUCAGCGGCACAGCUUCACGCCGCUGGACACAAUACAGGUCGAGCGAUCUUCGGCUGCAGAUAUGGGAUUUGACCUAGACGGCAAUGGCAUUUUCAAUGCCUUUGAGGGCUUACCGACAGACUGGGUGGAUUUGAACUUGUAUUCGUUCACGCACAUGGAUGAUUUGGGAGGUUUAGACCUUGCAGGCGCGUUCACCAUGUAG